CAACAGCUGAAUCUUUUAUCAGAAAAAAGGUCGUCAUUUUUUUCCAAAUCAAUUUUUUUUUUGAUCAAUUCAAUUGAAUUUUCCUCUUCUUCUUCUGCUUCAAUCAAUGUCUUCGAUUAACGUUUACAUAUUGAUCAUCGCUAUCGUUAUGAUGGCCGAUAAUUUGGUCAAAAGUCAAUCUGUCAAUUUUACCGAUUGUGGUGAAGGAAACGUGAAAGAUGUACGAAUAUUUCCAUGUAUGGAAAAUAUCAAUAAUAAUAAUAAUAACAGCCAUAAUAAUAAUAAUUCGAUAUGCGUCAUCGAAUUGGGCACUAAUGUGACUGUUGAAGCAGAUUUUGUUGCUCUAACUAAUACAAGCAAAUUAUUCGAAGUGAUCAAAGGUGUAAUUCGUGGUCGUGAAAUGCCUUUUCCUCAACAACAAAUCGAUCCUUGUAAUUCUGGCAAUAUUUUUCCGUCGUGUCCUUUGAAAAAAGAUGAACAUUAUCAAUUUAAAGCAUGGUUUGAAGUCAAACCUUAUUAUCCUCCGAUUUCGCUUAAAGUAAGUUAUACGCUUACCGAUCCAAUCGGACAGAAGAUUGCCUGUGUUCAGGUAGCCACCAAAAUUGUCGAUCCAAGAAAGAAAAAUUUAAAAUCAAAUCAACCUAAUCGAUCGAUGCGUAAUCGAAUGAAAAAAAAUCGUCAAAAAAAGUUAGAAAAAUCGUAAUCUAAAAAAUGAAUUGUUUUAAUUAUGUAUG